AUGUUGCCGUGGGUUCAAGUUACUCUUAUGUUAUGUGCUGUCGGCCUGCUUCGAGAGAUUCGACCGUCAGAGCCCUUCGUUUCCGAGUUCCUAUUGGGAGAGUGGAGAAACAUAACUGAAGAACAACUGAACAGAGAUGUAUACCCUGUGGGGACAUACUGCUACCUGGGGCUGCUUGUUGUGGUCUUCCUCAUCACCGAUUUCUUGAGAUUCAAGCCAGUCAUUGUAUUGUCUGGUCUGAGUGGUAUAGCAGUAUACGCCAUCUUGCUGUGGACAACGAGUCUAGAAUGGCUGCAGGCGUCCCAGUUCUUCUAUGGUCUCUACAUGGCCACGGAAGUCGCCUACUACACUUAUAUCUACGCAAAGGUGGACCCAGCGAAGUACCCUCGCGUAUCCUCAUACACCCGUAUUGCAGCGCUGUCAGGCCGGUUCCUGUCUGGCGUCAGCUCACAACUGCUCACACACUUCGGAGUCAUGGACUACAGGGAUCUCAAUUACAUCACCUUCACAGCUCAGAUCAUGGCGACAUUCUGGGCGAUGUGGCUACCCACCGUCCAGUACGGCAUCUAUUUCCAUCGGAAGACAUCAACCGGAAACCCUCCGCUAGACAAAGAUCUACAUCCACCUAAUGGGCACCUACUCCGUUCCAACGUGGUAGAAGCAUCGACUUUGAUCGCUCGACACGCGCGCUCAGCGUACACCAGACCCAAAGUGCUAGCGUGGUCGGCAUUGUAUGCAGUGGCACUCGCACUGUUCGUCCAAGCUCAGAUCUAUAUGCAGUUGCUAUGGAAACAGAUACAAGAGGACACUGAUUCCCCGGUGGCCUACAACGGCGCAGUGGAAGCUGUACAAACGCUCCUGGGCGCGGGAGGUGCAUUCAUAGCAUCAAUGUACUCCUCGUCCGGAGUACCAGCGCCCGUGGCGGCCGUGCAAGGAGUCGCAGUCUUCCUAGCCACCUUCGUGAACAACGUGUUCGUUUCCUACGCCGGGUAUAUCGUGAUGGGCAUGUUGUUCCAUUAUACUAUCACAUUGGCCAGUGCAAAAAUCGCGGGUCAGCUCAGCGACGAGAGCUGCUUCGGUCUCAUAUUCGGUAUCAACACCCUCAUUGGUACAGGAUUACAGUCCAUACUAACUCUGGUCCUCAUCCAAAGCCUGAAGCUACCGAUAGCUUCCCAGUACUUCGCUAUCAGUGGCCUGUACCUUCUACUAGCUUCUAUAUGGCUCCUCGGCUGGAUGAUCACCACGUGCCGCCAGAAACGAAGUAUUAACGUCGACAACCAGUAUUGA